AUGCGCCGGGGAACACCGGCGACACAUGCCCUCCCGCUGGUAGUGGCGUCAUCUGGGUGCGCAUCAUGGGUAGAUGUCCUUACCACCUACCAAACGACAUGUGGGUUACUGCGUGGGAUUUACCAGCCGACGACAGAGGAGCUGAACCGCGGCCUCUCAAGGAUGGAGACGUCGUGGGGUGUUUCUCUUUUUUACUACGAUAUCGUCAAGGGUGUCUGUGGGUACAAGCAACCGGACACGCGUCUUGUCAGCACAGCUUUGGAGCGUUUUAAGCGCUGUGGAAAUUUUUACGCCAUUAAGCAAAUUAUGGAAAGUGAUGUGGACCUCUCAACAAGAGAAGGGGCACGCUCGGCAUUGAUGUAUGCCUCGUUUACAGGGAUGUGGGAACACGCCUUUGCCCUCUACGAGAACAAUACACGAAUGCAACAAAAUCUGGCAGAUACACGUAUACUGGUGAAUAUACUGGCAAUUCACGGUCGCUGGAGUGACGCUCUGCGAGUACUAUACCGCCGAUCACCACCAUUGUUGGGCCCAGGCUUUGUCAAACCGAUUGUCCGCUCACUAGGUUUGGCAGGAGAGUACAAAAGAAUGAUGUGCCUUGUCGCUGCCACCUUGGCGCAAGGCCACACUAUGGAUGAUAAGCUAUUUUCUGUCUUGGUAAGGCCGCUUCAAAAAAAUGGCCAGUGGAGCGCCGCACUAGAUGCAGCUGUGGAAUUAGGCUUGCUUUCAUCUUCACGGGAAACCACUCUGAAAAACAUGGCCAUGUAUGGUGGGCUUGUUGAUUGCCUGUACUCUGCAGACCCGUACGACAACUUUACUUUACGCCAAAUUGUGGAUGAUAUCACUUAUCGAAUGCAUCCGCGAAAAAUGCGUCUGACGUCAGCUAAGAGGAUGGAAACGAGAUUUCGUCUAUUAAACAGCAGUGAGAUAUUUCGAAAAUAUCGUCGCUACCUGAAUCCACUGAGCUUGAUCUAUGUGAAGGUGUUGUCAUUAAGUAAUGUUCACUCACGGCCUGUGUCUGAGAUUGCGGAUGAAGCCUUUGAUCGAGAUGAGACACUUAUUGUUCUGGAUACAAAUUUUCUUGUUCAAUGCACGGCGAAAAAUCUACCCCUUAGUCACUUUUACCCACCUAUGCGAAAACAGUACCCGCAGCUUGAAGGGAAAUCUCGCCUACGUGUGAUAAUCCCCUUCACAACUGUGCGUGAAAUUCAUCAUCUUGUCUGGAGUCCUGGAACACAGUUAAAAAGAGCAGUUCGAGUUCUUUUGUGGUCCCGUGUGAUGUCGUUUCUGAAGCAGCCCUCAGUUACUGUUCUGGCAUUGUCUUCAGAGUACCCAUGCACCUCGUUCUCUGUCGUCUCUCGUUUGGCAUAUUCGCGCCUAAAUGAACCGGCUAGCGAGAAUGAUCCUGACAUACGCAUACUUAACACAUGUGUUGCUCUUCAGCACGCAUUUCGACAACGAAGCGCGGCUUCGCUUCAGGGAAACUCUCAGAUGGCUGAUGGGACUGUGCUUUUUUCAUUCUUGAAGUACCAUGUACGCCGCCAUCACCGUGAUGUUAGAGGGAUAGCCUGCCAGCAGCUGCUCCUCUGUACAUUGGACAAGCGUUUGUCUGCUGCGGCGGACGAAUUGGGUAUUCAAACGUUUCCGCAAUUUCAUGUGUUGGAUAACAGCACCAGUUCUUGA